GGCUCCGCGGGCCCCCCCAGCUCCCGCUCCCGACGGAGCCCCGCGCCUGGGGCGUCGGGGAGGCCGCCGGCCCGGGCCCCCUGCCCGCGGCCGCCAUGGCGGAGAAUUGGAAGAACUGCUUCGAGGAGGAGCUCAUCUGCCCCAUCUGCCUGCACGUCUUCGUGGAGCCCGUGCAACUGCCGUGCAAGCACAACUUCUGCCGGGGCUGCAUCGGCGAGGCGUGGGCCAAGGACAGCGGCCUGGUGCGCUGCCCGGAGUGCAACCAGGCCUACAACCAGAAGCCGGGCCUGGAGAAGAACCUGAAGCUCACCAACAUCGUGGAGAAGUUCAACGCCCUGCACGUGGAGAAGCCGCCGGCGGCGCUGCACUGCGUGUUCUGCCGCCGCGGCCCCCCGCUGCCCGCGCAGAAGGUCUGCCUGCGCUGCGAGGCGCCCUGCUGCCAGUCCCACGUGCAGACGCACCUGCAGCAGCCCUCCACCGCCCGCGGGCACCUCCUGGUGGAGGCGGACGACGUGCGGGCCUGGAGCUGCCCGCAGCACAACGCCUACCGCCUCUACCACUGCGAGGCCGAGCAGGUGGCCGUGUGCCAGUACUGCUGCUACUACAGCGGGGCGCAUCAGGGACACUCCGUGUGCGACGUGGAGAUCCGCAGGAAUGAGAUCCGGAAGAUGCUGAUGAAGCAGCAGGACCGGCUGGAGGAGCGGGAGCAGGACAUUGAGGACCAGCUCUACAAACUGGAGACCGACAAGCGCCUGGUGGAGGAGAAGGUGAACCAGCUGAAGGAGGAAGUGCGGCUGCAGUACGAGAAGCUGCACCAGCUGCUGGACGAGGACCUACGGCAGACGGUGGAGGUCCUGGACAAGGCGCAGGCCAAGUUCUGCAGCGAGAAUGCAGCGCAGGCGCUGCACCUCGGGGAGCGCAUGCAGGAGGCCAAGAAGCUGCUGGGCUCCCUGCAGCUGCUCUUCGACAAGACGGAGGACGUCAGCUUCAUGAAGAACACCAAGUCUGUGAAAAUCCUGAUGGACAGGACCCAGACCUGCACGGGCAGCAGCCUUUCUCCCCCUAAGAUUGGCCACCUGAACUCCAAACUCUUUCUGAACGAGGUGGCCAAGAAGGAGAAGCACCUGCGGAAGAUGCUAGAAGGCCCCUUCGGCACACCGGUGCCCUUCCUUCAGAGUGUCCCCUUGUACCCUUGUGGCGUGAGCAGCUCUGGGGCCGAGAAGCGCAAGCACUCGACGGCCUUCCCCGAGGCCAGUUUCCUGGAGACACCUUCGGGCCCAGUGGGCAGCCAGUACGGGGCUCCGGGCCCCGCCAGCGGCGAGGGCCAGUCAGGGCAGCCCCUGGGGCCCUGCAGCUCCACGCAGCACUUGGUGGCCCUGCCGGGCGGUGCCCAGCCAGUGCACUCGAGCCCCGUGUUCCCCCCAUCGCAGUACCCCAAUGGCUCUGCCCCCCAGCAGCCCAUGCUCCCCCAGUAUGGCGGCCGCAAGAUUCUCGUCUGUUCUGUGGACAACUGUUACUGUUCUUCCGUGGCCAACCACGGCGGCCACCAGCCCUACCCCCGCUCCGGCCACUUCCCCUGGACAGUGCCCUCGCAGGAGUACUCACACCCGCUCCCGCCCGCACCACCCGCCGUCCCCCAGUCCCUUCCUGGCCUGGCGGUCAGAGACUGGCUCGACGCCUCCCAGCAGCCUGGCCACCAGGAUUUCUACAGGGUGUAUGGGCAGCCGUCCACCAAGCACUACGUGACGAGCUAACGCCGCGCGGGCAGGGGCGCUGGGGAAUCUUCCCCCCCGGCCCCCAGUGGCUCGGGGAUUAUGCAUUCAGAGAUCUGCCCGGCCCUCUUCUUCCUUCAUUCCCCAAGUAUUUUCCUUUUGGAUUUUAUUUUGUUUGGGCCUUUGUUUUGGUUUUAGGGU